AUGUCAUGGCCCUGGUCGUCCUCUUCCCCCAAAAAGGACAAUGAGGACAAAUCACCAAGACCAGGCGCUCACAUCGUCAGCUGGAACGAGUCACUGGAUGUCAAGGACUGGGAUCACUACAAAGACCCAAGGACCUGGAUUCCGGCUUUCGUGAUCACGACGGUGCUCCUCGGCGGGAUCAAGUUCUACAGGACUUAUCUGCGACGGAUACCUAGCGUGAACUACGUGCUGCCGCACCACUAUCGCAAGCGGACCCUGUUUGGACGAGUCACGAGCGUGGGCGAUGGCGACGGCUUCCAUUUGUUCCACACGCCUGGCGGGCGACUGGCGGGCUGGGGCUGGUUGAGGCAGGUGCCCACAGACAGGAAGAAGCUGAAAGGGCAGACUAUACCCAUCCGACUCGCCGGCAUCGACGCCCCCGAAGGCGCGCACUUUGGCCGUCCCGCGCAACCCUACGCUGCCGAGGCCCUCCAAUGGCUCCAAUCAUCUAUCCUGAACCGAUACGUGCGCGCGCAAAUCUACAAGCGCGACCAAUACGAGCGGGUCGUGGCCACCACCUAUGUGCGCCGCUUCCUUUUCUUCCGCCGGGACGUAGGGCUGGAGAUGCUCCGGCGCGGCCUCGCGACGACAUACGAGGCCAAAACGGGCGUCGAAUUUGGCAGCGAGGCUACGGAGAGGAAGUACAGAGAGGCCGAGGCCGAGGCCAAGAGGAAGAACACCGGUCUGUGGAGCGCCUUGGGAGGGAAGAGUAAGGGUUGGUUUGGCCUGGGCAAGGCCGAGAGUGACCAGCCGUUUGAGACGCCGAGGCAGUACAAGGACAGGAUGAGGGACGCGGGAAAGGCUGAAAAUGGUGAGGCUAAGUGA